AUGUCGAGCCUACUCUCCCCGUCGGAGAAUGAUUCUCCCGCUAUCCCAAACCCCCUACCCUCUCCCCAGGCGCCGAAACCCACGCGCGUCCUGGCCUGCGUCUUGUGUCAGCAGCGCAAGAUCAAAUGCGACCGCAAGUUCCCCUGCGCCCACUGCCUCAAGCAGGGCCUGCAGUGCGUCCCCGCCACACAGGCCCGCAGGCGACGGCGCUUCCCCGAGAAGGACCUCCUGAGGCGGCUCGCGCAGUACGAGGACCUCUUGCGCGCAAACAACAUCCGCUUCAACCCCCUCCACCAGACCCCGAGCACUGCGGGGAAAGGGAACGAUGCCGGUGCUGAUUCUGAUAGUUCGGAUGACGAGCAAUCGCACUCGCACUCGGCGGCGUCGCCAACACCGUCCACGAAGCCUUUGGAUGUGUUUGAUACCAACCAUUUGCCAAGAGGUAACAGCCGCGAGCUAUCAGACCGAGAUACAACACUAACAGAUUACCAGGGUCAAGCAUCACCUUCUUCCGGUCAAGGAGAGGGUGCUGAUAACCUCGAACGUACUGUGAAGGAUGCAUUGGAAAUGGAACGAGGAAGCGACUACGAUCUUUUCCUAUUUGGAUCUCCCCAAGCAUCUGUAGACCUCUCUACAUUCCACCCCCAACCUGUCGAGAUAUUCAGGCUGUGGCAAAUUUACCUCGACAAUGUCAACCCCCUCCUCAAAGUCAUCCACGUGCCCACCAUGCAAGGACGCAUCAUAGAGGCCGUUGGCAAUGUUCAUGGGAUCAGUCCCCCCAUGGAGUCACUUAUGUUCUCAAUCUAUUGCAUAGCCAUCACCAGUCUAAGCGACGACGAAUGCCAGUCCAUGCUUGGGAUGUCCCAGGCAGACUUGCUAACCAAGUAUCACUUCGGAUGCCAACAGGCUCUAAUGAAUGCGCGGUUCCUAAUUUCUAGGGAAAGAGACACGUUGAUCUCCCUGUAUCUAUUCCUCCUAUCUCUUCGCCCCGAGAUGCAUCCGCGAUCGCUCAGCGCAAUGUUCUCAAUCGCCGUACGAAUUGCAAAAGUUCUCAAGCUCCACAGAGAACCGCCGCUGGAGAGAUGCUCAGUUUUCGAGUCCGAGAUGCAACGAAGACUUUGGUGGUCACUUGCGCUUGAUGAUACUCGCCGCUGCGAGGUAGCCGAUGUCAGCGAUGAUGCAUCAUUAUCUCCGGCCUGGUCGCGCAAGACCCCUGCCAACGUGAACGACUCCGAUCUGCGGCCUGACAUGAAGGAAAUCGUAGCCGGCGGCGCCAAGGUAUCCGAGUCCAUCUUCGUGGUUGUCCGGAGCGAGCUGGCCGACUUCCUCCGACACACGUCCGCGUUCCUAGAUUUCCACCACCCCAGGCUCAAACCUGUUGCAAAGGAAUUGCCAGAUGGCGGGUCUCUCCUCUCGUUGCGCAAGCGGAUAGAGAAUGAUUACCUCCAGUACUGUGACCCUGAGAACCCCAUACACUACUUGACGAUCUGGACAACACAUGCCUUCAUCGCCAAACAGCGCAUGAUACAAUACUAUGCUACUCUUGCUCAUUCCGGUCUCCCUGCAACAGAAACGGAAAUGGAUGAUGCCAUGGUUCUCGCCUUUGAAAUGCUGGACUGUGAUACCAAGCUCUUAUCCUCACCCAAAACCAAGCCUUUCCUCUGGUUCAUAAGAUCGCACUUCCCCUUUCCUGGAUACAUGCAUAUCAUCUAUGAUCUCAGACGCCGCCCGUUCAGUCGGUACUCUGACCGCGCUUGGGAGGUAAUGGCGAACAACUACGACUUCAGAACACACACCAUGUCCAGGAUGAAAGGCCCCAUCACCCGGGUCUUUGGAAAGUUCAUCCUCCGAUCCUGGGAUGCCCGCGUAGCCGAAUGGAAGUCGGACCAGCCGCUGAAAACUCCACGGAUCGUCCAGCAGAUAUGGGAGAUGGAGGCCAAGAGCAAACCCCCCACCGAUAGCAUGGCUUGGGGCAACCUGGGGAACACCCCGGAAGUGAAACUGGAAGAUUCAUUCAGUAUAAUGCAGCCGCUGACCUUCACCAGCAGCGAUCUAUAUGAUCUUGCUGGGUCGGGGGGUAUGAACGGGCUUCUCCCGGGCGACUUCACCAACUUCUCAAGCCAGGGCGCUUUUGACUUUAUGACGGAUCAGUACAGCUGGCCCUCGGGAAACUAG